AUGGUUAGCAUAGAAAGUUUCCAUAUUUUGGAAAGGUUUCUUUUUGUUUCAGCAACUGUCUGGUUAUACUUUUAUAGACCAGUGGAAGCAAAUAUCAACGAUGGGUGGAGUUCUGCUCAUGCAACAUUCUAUGGGGGCAACGAUGCCUCGGCAAAUAUGGGAGGAGCAUGCGGUUAUGAUAAUGUAUACGGUGAUGGCAUGGGAACAUAUACAGCUGCACUGAGCACUGCAUUGUUUGAAAAUGGUGCAGCGUGUGGGGCGUGCUUUGAAUUGGUGUGUGAUGCAAAAUCAGAUCCGCAAUGGUGUCUCAAAGGCAAAAAGAUUAGACUCUCUGCUACUAAUUUCUGUCCUCCAAAUAACAAUGGGGGAUGCUGCAAUUCUCCACUCAGACAUUUUGAUAUGUCAUUGCCCGCGUUCGAACAAAUUGCUCUCUACAAAGGGGGGAUUGUGCCCGUGCUUUACAGAAGGGUUAAAUGUGUGAGGAAGGGAGGAAUUCAUUUUACCAUACAGGGGCAUUCCUUUUUCAAUCUAGUGUUGGUGGCCAACGUAGGUGGCAGUGGAGAUGUGAGUAAUAUGUGGAUCAAAGGCUCAAAGACAUCUUGGCAAGCAAUGCAGAGAAAUUGGGGUGCUCACUGGCAAAACAAUGCCAACCUCAACAGACAAGUUUUAUCAUUUCGCUUAACUGAUGGAGAUGGAAAAACUCUCACACUAAACAAUGUUGUGCCUUCAAAUUGGCAAACUGGCCAAACUUUUGCUAGCAACCGGCAGUUUUCCUAA